AGCGUUUGGCCCGAGUCUGGGGGAAAGCGCGCAAUGGGCUCCGGGACACUGGAGGCGCCCCAGGGCCUGCCAACCUCAGUCUUCCUGGGGUUGGCGGGCUGCGGGGGCUUCCUCUCUGCCUCCGGCGCGAACGUCUUGGCCUGGUCCGCCCACCAGCAACGACGCGGGCAGGCAUGGACCCGGGUUCAAAGCGCCGGAUUCGUGGUGGCCUGCACGUUGCUCAACGUCUCAGGCAUCGCCAUGUUUGCGGCCUCGACCGCCCUGGGCGGGGCGGUGGCGACGGUGAUGCCAGUGCAGACGGGCGCCAACCUGCUGGGGAACAUGUUCUGGCAGAGCAUGCUGGGCCUGAAGUUCUACGACAAGAGCAUGCGCGUCGGGACCAUCGUCCUGAUCUGCGCGGUGGCGGAGCUUUCAGAGAUCGGGCCCCAGGAGCCUCCGGACCUGCCAGUGGAAGAGCUGCUGACGCACCCGGUGGCCAUCACCUGGGCCAUGGUCAUGGUGAUCUUGGCCUUUGUGUCCCUCUACGGAAUGUUCAAGACAAUGCAUCUUGAGAUGGACUCCCCGGUGAAGCUGACGCUCUACGCGUCCAUGGUGACCUUUACGACUGUGGUCGGAGCCUCGAUCGGCAAGCUCUUUGGGCUGGUGAAGGGCCCGGCACUCGCUCUGGCUUUCACUGUGUAUUUCUUGGACGGCGUGCUGUGCAUGGCGGGCACCGUCAUGGCAAAUGCCCAGUGCGACGUGGCGAUUUUCGUGCCGCUGCAGCUUUCCUCGCAGCUGGUGGUGAAUAUGAUUACAGGCUACCUGGUGUGGGGCGAUGCGAAGUACAUUGAACAUCCGGUGUCAUACAUUUUGGUAUACUUCCUCUGCGUCAUGGGCGUGUAUCUGAACAGCCCGACCAUGGACUUGGUAGGGGGUAUGCUGCAAUGGUACUUCAUUCGCAGAAGUUCCCUGUCGGGCGGGAGGGCGACGAGCAGCUUUGGCAAGGGCGUGCUGGGACUCUUGGAGAGCUGGCGACAGAAGGCGGACAACUCGCCGGCGCUCAUGCAGGAGCGGCAGCGCCAGCUGGUGACGGUGCUCACGGUGGGCCUGGAGACGGGGUCCAUAAAGCAGCCGGAGAUUGUGGAGCUGGUCAUGCUCCUGAUGCGCGAGAGGGAGUACGGGCCCAGCCCCGCGGUGAUUUACUGGCUGGAGCACAACCUGGGCCUCUUCCGCUACUACGUGGCCAGGGAUCCCGGCUUCAAGGACAUGUUCCGCCAGACGCUCUCACUGGAGGAUGAAAGGAGGUUGGUCGAGUUGGAGGAGGCGCUGAAGCCGCGAGAGGCGGCGGCCUCCUUCACCUCCACAGUCUCCGACAACGCCCUGAUGCUCACAGGCUCCGGCAUCUCCUUAGACACGCGGAACGUGGCUGCCCACCACGCCAGGCUUCUGGACCCGUGAGGGAGAAAGUGGACACGUGACUUAGGAUCGAAUGGUCACGUCUCCGGAGCCUCCCGCCAAGCGGGAGCUCGGGAGCUGUCGAGUUCACCUCCGUGACAGUCACGAUCGCUUCAAUGCAGGCGUCUGCGCAGGGCGAAGGGGGCGGUUGGGUUAUUGGAUGACGCUGCAAGAGUGUCACCGGCUUGCGUGGU